AUGGCGCCGUCCCCGAGCACUUGCGCCCCCGACGGCGGCCUGGAUCCCAUGGACGUGUGCGUCGUCGGCGUCGCCAGCAUGCCCAUCAACGCCUUGCUUGGCUGCCUCUCGUCCCUCCCCGCCACCAAGCUCGGCUCCGUCGCCAUCCAGGUCAACGUCGACCCGGCGCUGGUGCCGGAGGUGUCCAUGGGCAACAUCCUCAGCACCAAGCUCGGCUAG